AUUGAUAGAGGUGUUGUUUCUGGUGGUGGUUCUUUGACAGCACUGCCUAAGGACGAUCCGGUGAUCACGGGGGUGGCGGCGCAGUAUCAGAUUGGGGAUGAGAUCAAUCUGAAUUGCACUUCGGCGAAAAGUUUUCCACCAUCGACUCUGCAUUGGUAUAUUAAUGAACAACAGGUUAGGAAUCAAGCAGAAUUGAUCUACUUCCCACCGAUACGUCACCGCCACGGCUUAUACACCGCCAUCUCUGGGCUGCGUUUCCACAUAGGCGCGCGCCACUUCCUCGAAGGUUCAAUGCGCGUAAAAUGCGUUGCAUUCGUCGAUCCAGUCGAGCGGAAUGAUCGCUUCAACAAUGAGCGUUCUUCAGCCGUUGAGGACCUGCCAAUUCUGCAGGAUAAACGGGAGGCUCUUCUGCUCGGUGAGUGGAGGACACUAGUGCAUGUUAAAAACUUAAGUAACGAAGUGAAAUGGAGCAGAG